AUGAGUAACAGUGGAGCUCUCUCUAAAUUAAAAGAGGAGAGUCUCCACUACUUAUAUUGGCUAGAAAUGUUUAAAAAUAAGGUCAAUGAGUCAAAUGAUCUCUAUUAUAAGCUUCAACUCCUAUUUUUGGCCUGGUUUGAUAAUUUAUCUCUAAUUCAGAAAGAAUACUUGCCAGAAACAGAAAAUAAAGGUGGUAAUGAUUACGAUAUCGUAGAAAAAUUUAAGUCUUGCUCAAAUUCAAUUUCCGAAUUUAUAUCUUCGAAGGUAAACACCAAAUUUGAAGACGAAAUACUGAAUGAAGAGAUUAAAAAUAUUCAUUCUCUCCUUGAAUUUUUCCAGGAAGUUUGCAAAAUUUACUAUGAUUUUCAACCAGCAAUAGAUCCAACGAUGACUGCCCCAAAUUUUAUAUCCUGUGUGAAUACCAGAAAGCAAUUUCCAAAAAUAGUUCAAUUAUUAGCCGAAAAAAUCGAUUUACCUGAAAAUGAAUGCGCAACAUUAGCUGAUAUCCCUCCAACAUUCCCUACAUUUAAAUUUUCUUAUACUAUGCUUCUCGGUGAGUUAAUUGGAAUUGAAAAAACUACAACAUGUGAAGAAGCAGCCUUAAUUUCAAAAUACGAUCAAAAUCAACUACCUUUAUUCUGUCCAUCCCCAUCUCUUUUAGCCAAUCAUCCUAGUUUUGUUCAACUAAAAGAGACUCAAAAGACAUUAAUUUCGAAAAUACAAGCAAUUCAUGAAAUGUCCAACAAACAAGCAAGCGAAAUCAUAGAACAACUGACCAACUACAACAAGUCUAUCGAGUUACUCAACCAAACUAUCAAAAUCGAAGCUCCUCCGAUAAUUGAAAGUUUAUCUCAAACGUUUAAGUCAUAUUUAGACAUUACCGAACAGAAGAGAGAGAACAGUUUCCUCACACAAUUGAGAAAUGAAGUUCAAUCUACCCUCGAAAUUACUGCAAUUCAGAAUUUUUCCGAAUUCGAAGAAAAAUUUAUUGAAACAGAUCCAGAAGAUGUACAAGAACUACUCACUAACAUGAAAAAUGCAAAAGAAUCAAUCGAAAAAGAAAAUAAAGAACUUCAAAAUCUUAUUAUUUCAAAAGAUCGAAAAUUACAACUGAAUGAACGAGUUAUUCAUACUCAUGAGACACGAUCUUCCAUUUUAGAGAUCCCAUUAGAUAAUUUACCCGAUAAACUCAGCAAACAUUCCAUAAAUAUCCUAAAUACACUUGAAUUUCUUUCGAUUCCACCUCCAAUCGAGCGAUGCUUCAAAAUCAACAAUUCCUUUCUCUCGGAUGAGUUCAUAGAGUCACUAACAAUACAGCCAGGCGUUCAAGGAUGGCAUGAUAACUGCAUUAACUACUUAAGUCAUUGUGUUCGCGAAAAACAAGACUUGUUAAAUAGUCUGCAGAUCGAACUCAAUCAAAUCAACAACUUUGCAAACGUUUUGAAAGAAUCCUCGCAGACAUUGACGAAAAAGAAGAACAAAGAAGCUCCAUUCUGCAGAUCGUGCGAGACAUUGAGAAUGUUCUGCAUCUGUUCGUGCGGACACACUUUCUGCGAGGGAUGCUACAGAGAAAUGGUCGCUGCACUACCUCACGUUUGCAAGUACUGCGGGAAAGCAUUCCAACAAACAGACGUUGUCCAGAUCAAUUGGUGA